CCUGCUGAAGUGUGCUCCCUUUUCUCUCUGCUGCUGAAUGCUGAUGUGUAACAAACUGUAACCGACAAGUCUGCUAUAUAAAAUGUUCAGUUUAGGAUCCAAAGUGCUGCUGCUUUUCCUCUUGGCGUUUCCCUGUGGAUUCAUGUCUAUCGACAGCGUGUCUGCUGAUCCAGAAUCUGCUGAGGAUGCUGAACCAGAUGAUGCAUUAAAUGAGGAGGAUGACGAUGAAGAGAUGGCUGUUGAGGAAGACCAGGUACAAAGUACGGAAGGAGACGACGAUGACUCUGAACCUAAUGACGGCCCACUACCUUCUCACUCUGAUGUUGAUACGACCAUCAUCUUCAUCACAGGAGAAGAAUUUCCUGCUGACAAAGUAGUGAAUUUCCUUGUGGGUUUUACAAAUAAAGGCAGUCAGGAUUUCACUGUUCAGUCGUUGGAGACGUCCCUCCGUUACCCCCAGGACUUCCAGUUCUACAUUCAGAAUUUGCUGAAAAGUGUCAGUGACACUCCUCAGUAUUACACAGAUUAUGUGCACGCGCCCUUACUAAUGUUCAUGUAUGUGUUCCUGGUUGGGUUGGUGAUCCUGGUGGUCUUUGGGAUGUACCAUGUCCUGGAGUCAAGGACGAAAAAGAGAAUCUCUUUGAAAGUAGAGAAGGGCACAGUUGGAAUAAAUGAUGUGGACAUCAGCUGGAUUCCGCAGGAAACCCUCAAUGUCAUGAACAAAGCAUCACCCAAAACAUCUCCACGGAAACGAAACAAGAGAGCUGCUGGAGUGGAUCAGUAAAUCCGUCUGUAGCCACCGCUGCCUAUCAGGCUCUCAACUCACUUUCUGUGUCAUCACGGUAACCUAAUUACAAUUUGCAGUGGUUCAGCAGGUGAAAUCUAGUUUCCAGUCCAGGUGAUGUGAGAUGUUUGUCUGCUGGAUCCAACACAACUGCACGGGACUCUAUGAAUCUGGUCAGACCUGAAUGUUUUAACACUAACAGGAG